UUCAUCGUCUCAGUUGGAAAAAAAAAAAAAAACACUUCACAUUGCCUCCAUUUUGCUGUCGUGUGUGUGUGCGUGCGCAGCGUCGGUGUAAACUGUGGAGAAAACAGGACAGAAAGCGGAGGCACCGAGAAAUCCCUACAGAAAUGGACGGCAUCAGUGAUGUUGCAGUUGGAGUGAAGAGAGGAUCAGAUGAGCUGAGUAUGUACAACAGUCCCAACUCUGGCAUGAGCAGUAUCAGUGAUGGGGCUUCUAAUGGCAGUGACAGUAAAAAGCUGAAGGUGGAGGAGGCCCCACCUUCUCGUGUGCUCCACAUCAGGAAACUACCCAACGAGGCCUCAGAGACAGAAGUCAUCGCCCUCGGUUUGCCUUUUGGCAAAGUCACCAAUAUCCUCACACUGAAGGGAAAGAACCAGGCAUUCUUGGAGAUGGGGACGGAGGAGGCAGCCAUCACUAUGGUUAACUACUAUACCACAGUAACUCCUCACAUCCGCAACGUUCCCGUCUUCAUUCAGUACUCCAAUCACAAAGAACUCAAAACUGAUGCUGGCAAUCAGCGGACCCAGGCAGUACUACAGGCAGUGUCAGCAGUCCAGUCUGGCGGGUCACCCAGCUCAGACGUACAGGAGGCUCUGGCUGCAGCCUCCAGUCCUGUGCUGCGGAUCAUCAUCGACAACAUGUUCUACCCCGUAACGCUGGAUGUACUGCAACAGAUUUUCUCCAAGUUUGGCACAGUCAUGAAGAUAAUCACAUUUACCAAGAACAAUCAGUUUCAGGCCCUUCUGCAGUUCAGCGAUCCUGUCAAUGCACAGCAGGCCAAACUGGCACUGGACGGUCAGAACAUCUACAACUCAUGUUGCACACUGCGUAUCGACUUCUCCAAGCUGGUCAACCUAAAUGUCAAGUACAACAACGAUAAGAGUCGUGACUACACGCGACCUGAGCUGCCGGCUGGCGAUGGCCAGCCCAGCCUCGACCCCACGGUGGCCGCAGCCUUCAGCAAAGACUCCAACUCCCUCCUCGGUAAGAUCCCAGGAGCCCUGAACCCUCUGAGCGCGGCAGCGGCGGCCGCUGCUGCUGCAGGGAGGGUGGCCCUAGCUGGACAGGCAGGAUCCAGCGGGGUGCUGUUGGUCAGCAACCUCAACGAGGAGAUGGUUACGCCCCAAAGUCUGUUUACCCUCUUCGGAGUCUACGGGGAUGUCCAGAGGGUGAAAAUUCUUUACAAUAAGAAGGACAGCGCUCUCAUUCAGAUGUCAGACGCGAACCAGGCCCAGCUAGCAAUGAGCCACUUGAACGGCCAGAAAAUGUACGGGAAGAUCAUCCGGGUGACCCUGUCCAAGCACCAGACGGUGGCGCUGCCUCGUGACGGCCUGGACGACCAGGGCCUGACCAAAGACUACGCCAACUCCCCACUCCACCGCUUCAAGAAACCUGGAUCCAAAAACUUCCAGAACAUCUUCCCACCAUCUGCCACACUCCACCUCUCCAACAUCCCACAAGAUGUGACGGAGGACGACCUGCGGCUGCUCUUCUCCAAUGCUGGAGGCACUGUGAAAGCAUUCAAGUUUUUCCAGGAUCGUAAAAUGGCUUUGAUCCAGAUGUCAACCGUGGAGGAAGCUAUCCAGGCUUUGAUUGACCUUCACAACUACAACAUGGGAGGCAACCAGCACCUGAGAGUCUCCUUCUCCAAGUCCACCAUUUAAGAAUGUGACCCACAAAACUCCUGACAGCACCAUAGUUUACUGCGUGGGAGCUGGCUGUCAGCAACCUUUCAGACUGUGUCUGGACACUGGGGGGGGGACCACAUUGAUUGAAUCAGUUUUGUUGUUGGGGUUUUGUUGAUCCUGUCAUUCCUUGAGAGAGACUGAAACCUUUGACUUGCAUCCUGUUUUUUAAAAAAAAAAAAAAAGAACAAUUGAGUACGUUGCAGAUACUGGAUCCUCCCAGCUGAUCUUAACUGUACCUCUGUAUUUUUAUGUCAAGCAAAAUAUUGACAUGAUUGAUUGUCCCCCUGUAUGAUAGUUUGAUGUAGAUCAGUGUUUAACUCUUGAUUUAGUUGAAAAGAUACAGUACUUAUGUGCCUUACUUGACAAUAUCAACUGUUUCUACAGCUGGACAUGUUCAUUAAUACCCUCCUAUGCUUUUGAGGCACAUUGGUAUUGGAUAUUUUUAUGUUUUGUCAUCUUCUAGAUGUUAUUACAGUUUUUGAAGGUCUGCCACCAACCAGGCAUUGCUUUUUUUGUUUUGUUCCAGAGUUUUAGAUUCAUAACAUUUUCCUUUUUAGUUUAGCAGGAGAGAAGGAUAUUCCUGAGGCAAGAACAUGUAAGAGUUUUUACAGCAGCCUGCAACGCGCAGUUGAACUUGAAUUCCAUUAUUCCACAAGUACUAUGUUCAGUGUAAGAUUGUUCUCCCCCAGUUUUGAGUUCACAAUUCAUGCUUCAGAUAAACUAUCACAACGUG